AAGAAAGGAAGCUUUGACAAAAUGCUUGCUGAUGGUAUGUUGCAUUCUUCUGCAUGUUUUCCUAUCUUUAAUUUUUACAUGGUUACUCAAGCAAUUUUGUCUUAAUUGUGAACUUUUUCAGGAGCCAAUGCACAGAACAAUGCCAUAACUCAAUCUUCUGGAAAGGCUGCUGUGUGAAUGGCUGCAACUAAUCUUAAUAUUGGAAUGGACUUGUGGAAUGCAUCUUCUGCAGAAGCUGAUGCUCCAAAACUGAGAAACAAUCAACCUGCCCCAGGAGCUGUCAACCCUCCUACUAUAAUGGGACGUGAAGUUGCACUUGGUGAACAGUGGAUACAAGACGAACGUGACCUGAAGAGACAGAAAAGAAAACAGUCUAACAGAGAAUCAGCUAGGAGGUCAAGACUACGCAAGCAGGCUGAGUGCGAGGACUUGCAAAAGAAGGUGGAACUGGGAAACGAGAGCCAGACUCUGAGAGAAGAACUUCAGAGAGUAUUAGAAGAAUGCGAGAAGCUUACAGCUGAAAAUAAUUCCAUCAAGGAAAAGUUGGAAAGGUUAUGUGGACCAGAAGCAGUUGCCAACCUCGAAUAAAUCACCUUUUUGUUAUCUUCAUUAUAAGGAAACCCCGAGGUUUGAUCAAUUCCCAGAGCUAGAAGAGACAGACUUGCAGCUGCAAUUCUAUCACUGCCGGUUCUAUUAAUUAAUUGAGCAUAGGAUAUAGUAUAAUUUUUCUUCUUUGUUCACUAAUUUUAUUAUACCAUUAAUUAAGCCUCAAUUGUA